CUUUCUUUUGUCGAUGGCAACGGCGGUCGAGCAGGCACGUGUGAUCUUUGACUGUGUCGAUACGUCCAAAGAUGGUGUGAUCGAUCAGAGCGAGCUUGGAAAGCUUCUUGAGGCUCUCGGCGAGGACCCGACCCCCCAGAAUAUCGUGAGAGCCCUCUUUCAACUAGACACGGGCGGCGACGGCACGAUUUCGUUCGACGAAUUUGUGUCGUUUUACAAGCUGAACUACCUCCCUCAGCACCCGACAAAGCUUCUCACAUCUCGGCAUGGUGCGACCGCGAUCGGUCACUCGAAAAGCGCUUCGUACACGUUGCCGCCUCCCACCUUUUGUUUUGGAAAGGCCCUUCAACGAGACAAAGAGAACGCUGGCCAAGUGUUGCGGCAGCUGGGCGACGCCAGCGAUGACAUUUUGUCUCGAAAACGCGUGAAACCUCCGCAGAAACGAGCCACUUCCACACGAGAUACAAUCGGAGGGGGCGUGUCGCGCCCCACAACCUCUGCCGCUCGCCCCGACAAAGCGACGGAAGUCCGCCAAGUGGCGACGACACUGCCAAGCGAAGCAGGGGUCGCAUUUGUCCUACGCCAGCUCAAAGCCCAAUUGCAAUCCUGUGGUCUGCAAGCAUUUCAGAAGCUGAGCCAGCAACUUCAAGGAGGGGCUAGCGCGCUUACGUUUUCCGCAUUCAAGGCGCUCGUCGUCGAAACGCUACACUUGUCAGCCACGGAGAAGGACCUUCGAGCGGUCUUUGGCGUUUUCGAUGCAAACGGAGAUGGGACCAUCCAAGCGUCCGAGUGGGUCGCGGCACUCGAAACUCCAUUGGAAGGCAACCGAUUGGAGCUUGUGGCACACGCUUUUGCAACCCUCGACCCAAGCCAUACCGGCUACGUCAACCUGAGUACGUUGCGGCGGCAGUUUGACGGGUCUUCGCUGACAGAAGUCGUAUCUGGCGUCCGGACGAUCGACGAAGUUCGUAAUGAAUUCUUGGCCGCCAUGGCCAACCUCAGCCCCACCACUUCCAUCUCGUGGACCCACUUUGCCAAGCAUUACACCCACGUGAGCUCUUCGAUCGCCGACGACGCUGCUUUCACCAAAGCCGUGUGUUCGACGUGGAAUAUUGCACCGCCCACGCCAGCCACUAAUCGUCCAUCCAGACCAGGGUCCAGCUUGGCAGUCGAUCGGCCUGGAACAGCUCUUCCAGGGAAAUUUCGACCAAACUUUUCUCGAGUCCAAGCGCCUUGGCUUAGCCAUGACUCGGCUAGCUCGUUGUUGUACGAGAGUACUGACAAGGCCACCGCCACCAGCACCAUUGGCAACGCAGGAACGGCGUCACAUGGCCACAUGAAAGAACUGGAUGCUGGCAUGCGAGGCAUCUUUACGCGCAUUCGCACCCAACUUAAUGCGAAUGGCGUGAUGGGAUGGAUGGCACUGUGCGGGUCGUUAACGGGUUGUGGGGAUCACGUCGCUGCAGGCGCGCCAGCAACUUCUUACACAAAGCUAUCGUUGCAAGCGUUCAAGGAUGUCAUGAAGCACUCGGUCGGCGUUGUCCUGUCAGAUAAAGACUGGCGCGUCAUCUUUGAGUGGUUUGCAGUGGACAACGCGCUAGAUUUGCGCCACGUAGCCAAACAGUUGCAUUCGCCACUGUCUGCCACGCGCCUGGGGAUGGUGCGUCGGGCGUAUCGCAGUCUGGACGUUGACAAGUGCGGGCAAGUGCCGCAGAUGGACCUCCUGGACCGUUUUGAUCCAGCGCAACAUCCGUCGGUCGUGAGUGGCAAGGCCACCGCCGUCGAGGCUACGGACCUCCUCAAGACGGUGCUUCCUGGGCCAUUUGUGACCGCAGCCCAGUUCGAAGCGUACUAUGGCUGCGUGAGCCAAGGAAUCGCAGAUGACGCCGUUUUUGAACAGCACGUUACACCGCUGUGGGCAAGCCGAUUUGACGAUGUUCGCAGCGAGGGACGUCGGUCAAGUUGUGUGUCGUCCAUCGCCAAGGUCGGCGCGGAUGAUCAAGCAGUCGGCUGCAUCAAGAAAACGCCAUUGGAGCUGUACCACGACAGCCAACAACAGCUCGCUGCGAAAUCUGCGGCCGGCAAGAAGCCGCGCCCGUUGACGGCCGCACGCGAGAAACCCAAGAAGUUGGCUCAAGCCAACAAGUCGAAUGUUGAGGUUGAUGGAAGCUCACCAGAGCAGAAACACCAGCCCACGAGCACGAAGAACCGACGGGUCAACUCGACAUCGAGCCGACCGAGCGUGAUCGCCGCCGUUUCCACCGCAGCCUCUGUCAAGAAGUCAAAACCCACAGCGGCCAACGCCAAGAGGAAGCUACAGAGGGUGCAGUCGUAGUCUAGCAGGUCGAGAACUCUAGGUGCAUCUGCCGUCGCGUUGAAUACGAUGCCUUUUGCGGUGCCAUGCACUCGAGCUGCAGCCGUGAAACCUCAGGCGGCGCCUCGAGCACACUGCCGCC